UGUUUUCAUCUUAUUCGGCCCUGCGUUCAAAUUUACUUCGAGUCAAUAACGGUAAACGCUCAGAGGGACAGUACAUUGUAGACGAUAUCCCUGAACGUGCACCGACUCAUAAGAAUUCGCAAGUCCUUUGUCAUAUCUGAGCAAUAUCGAGAUUGGAUUUAUGCACCUCGACUGGAUUUUGAGCCCGGGGCAAUAGAGGAAUCCCCGAUGCUGUAUUGGAGUCCUAUAUUCAUUCAUAAUUAUGCCGUAAAAUUCAUUUCUGCUCGUCGGACUCUCCAAAUGAAAACGUCUUGUCUUCAUCCUGAUCAUGUUCCAGCAUUACUGCUGGCCGUUCAGAGCAUGAAUUAGCUAGAUAAUGUACCGAUAGGAUCCUAUAACGCUCAGUGUCUUAUUUUGGGAGUCUUUGCUUUGCUUCAUUCAUACAUGUUUUCCUCAAUGAACUGACCUAUAGGGAAACAACCUUUGCCAUUUCACAAAGCUUUAGCCUACACCCCGCUUCGAAAGCUUGAGCUCAUAUCGACAUUUUCAUAUUGAAUUCCAAUUCUAUUGUCGACGUUCAAUACCUGACCUUUUUUGUUUAGUUGUCAAAAUUGGGAGGAAAAAACUUGACAGUGGAAUUUGUUGUUUCGUGCUUCUGCAUGUCUGGAGGCAUGAUUGGUAAACAAUAAUUGAGGCGCAUUGUGUAGCUGCUCUUGACACGCAGUGUGAGCCCAAUCUUCAUGAAUCAAAUAUUGGAAUAACUGUGGAAUAAGUGCCAAGUACUUCUUUUCGGCGUACAACAUUAUUGUAAGUUUGCGAACGUGCUGUUCAGUGGUUUCAUAAUCGUCAUGAUGCAUUGACCCAGCGAAACUUGCGAGCAGAGCUGCGGAGUGGGAGGUACUCGGUUCACGACCAGAUUCUCUUGUUGGGGAGUAGUCAACCAAGGUUUUCAAAGCCCGUGGAAGUUCCAAAUCAGUACUUUGCCUAUUCACUAAAGGCUUUGGAAUCAUCGCAGAUUCACUUAAACUAAAAGGAAAUAUGAGUCGACUCCGUAUCUGAAUCCACUUAGCCGAUGAAAGAUAAAACUUUGUCUGCUCAAAACAAAUCUUCUGCUGGUAGUGCUUAGAAGGUGUCCCGAGAAGCACAUCGGGGUCAAGAGGACAGCUCCUAACGCUGAACAGUUUUCUCCAAGAUCCUCAGAAGUCAGAACUUCUGGAAUCAAAGGAGAGCCAUGGCGGAGAUAUCCCCCUUUACUUUCUUUCUGUCACUUUGGUCAGUCUUGACCGCGGUCCAAGGUUUUAAUAUGGACUUAAAUGCUCCAGUUGUACAUUCUAUCGACGAUACCGAAUCGCAGUUCGGCUUCUCGGUGGCUAUGCAUCGGCACAGCGGAGACAAUAUGGUUAUUGUUGGUGCGCCGAGAUAUCAAACAGAGGAAUUGGAUGUAACACGAGGGGGCGCCCUAUUCAGAUGUCCUCUGAUGUCAUUAACCAAUCCAGGGGAGUGUGAGGAACUAUCAGCUUUUAACUCGCUAGGCAAUGAAUUCAACGAAGAGGGUAACCGCAUUGCCAACAAAUCGGGUCAGUGGUUUGGUGCUAGUGUAAAAAGUGCGGGUGAAAAUGGAAAAAUAUUGGCAUGCCGUCCGCUCUACACGUGGUUCAUUCAACCAGAGGGGGGUACCAAAUCUAAACGGGAGCCGAUAGGGGGGUGUUUUAUCGCCACCUCAGACUUCUCCAAUAUAGAGCUGUAUGAGCCAUGCAGAAGCACUCAACAGUCCGAGCAAAGUACUUUCGGUAUUACGCAUUGUGAGGCAGGGAUUUCAGCUGAUAUUUCUUCGGAUGAGAUAUUAAUCGGCGCCCCCGGAAGUUUCUUUUGGCAAGGACAAAUAUGGGUGGCAAAUACAGAUCUUCAAGGGGAGAGGCGCACGAAUGAAGGACCUACGUUUUUCGACGACAGCUACCGAGGAUAUGCAGUAGCUUUCGGAGAUUUCAAAGGCGAUCCUAGACCCGAGUAUGCUGUUGGAAUACCUCGUGCAAGAGGCGCUUUCGGGAUGGUAUCCAUCUUCGACUCGUCAAUGAACGCCUACUUGAACAUUACAGGAAGCCAGGUCGGUGCCUACUUCGGUCAUACCCUGGUCGUCUCCGAUUUCAAUGAUGACGGCUUGGUGGACCUCGUCGUCAGUGCGCCGUUCUUCAUCGACGAGGAAAAGACCACCAAUGGAUGGGAUAUCGGCCGAGUGAGGAUAUUCUACAACGAUGGAAAUGCUGGUUUCUCCGAAGGGACGACUAUCCAGGGUUACAAAGUGAGUUCUCGAUUUGGAUACAGCAUGGCUGCCCUCAACGAUGUCAACCAAGAUGGAUAUAAUGAUUUAGCUGUGAGCGCCCCUACCGGAGGUCAAUCGGGUGAAGGAAUAGUCUACAUAUACCACAGCAAAGGUCGCCUUGGUCUUUCAACUAUUUUCGCACAAUCCCUUGAACCGUCUGACUUCGGAUUAAGUCUGCAAUCUUUUGGAUCAUCGCUAUCGGCAGGAAUGGACAUGGAUAAUAACAGAUAUCCAGAUUUGGUUAUUGGGGCCUACAAGUCAGCAACAGUAGUACUUGUUAGAUCUAGACCAAUCGUUCACGUGACAGGAUCACUAGUCUCGACCCCAGGAUCACUUGAUCUGAAAGUUAAAAGCCACACCCUGCCCGACGGAACAGCAGUGACAAGCUUUGAUGUCAAAGUUUGCAUUAGAUAUUCCGGAACGAACGCACCUGCAAACAUUGAUUUCGAUUAUACAAUAUCACUUGACUACAAUCGGCAGACAACGAGAAGGGCGAACUUUGACCUGGGAGGAAGUGACCCAUCAACUUUGAGCCGAACAGUCACAUUGACAGCCAACGAAGAAUACUGCAACAAUUUCACUGCAUACGUCAAGCCUUCAAUUGUGGAUAAACUGUCCCCUAUCCCGGCAUCUGUUGCAUUCGGGCUUACUGAAACUACACCCUCUCCUGGUGAAAUCCUGCCAAUUCGCGACUUGGCGAGUGAUGAUUCGAAUGCGAUUUCAGUACCUAUUGAACGAGAUUGCAUGAAUCAAACGUGUGUACCAAAUUUAAGUGUUCGGGCAACGACCGGAACAGAUCGUUUGAUCGUCGGAGCAAGUGAAUCUAUGGCGAUUGACGUCACAAUAGCAAACAAUGGAGAAGAUGCAUAUCUUUCAACACUCACCGUAGAGGUCCCACCUGAACUACAAUAUACUGGCUUCACUCGUGUACAAACGGACAACAUCUUGACCUGUAGUAACAACGUCCAAUCAUCUGAGAUAAGCUGUGAUGUUGGGAAUCCAUUAUCCGCAGGGACUACGGUUAUUCUACAGUUGCAAUUCAGCAGUGAGAAUCUACCCGGAAAUGGAGAUAACUUAGACUUUACAUUCAGGGUUGGCAGCGUAGAGUCUGAACAAAUGACAUCUGAUAAUGAAUUCAACAUAUCAGUACCGUUGGAAAUCAAAGCAGAACUAUCAUUCCAUGGGAACGUAAUACCCGAGACAAUAAUAUAUGAUGAAGAAGAGUACCUAUUGACCAGACCAAUCAAACUGCAGAAGCAUGUUGGACCCGAAAUCACCCAUGUAUUUUCGCUCUACAACAAUGGUCCUAGUUCAGUAGCUCAGACAGAGAUCACCAUCCUUUGGCCAAUGUGGUACAACAGUCGCCAGAAUAAAAACUAUCUUCUUUAUCUUCUGAGUGCCACCAUGGACACAGGGGACGAAUGUACGAUAGAUGGGCCAUUGAACCCCGAGGAACUCGCGUCGGACGACAAUAGUACCGUCACCCCUGACGUCGUCAGCAGCAGACGGAGACGACGACGAGCAACAGGCACUGAAGCUCCUCCGGUCGGAACCACGGACAUUCCGAUGUCGACCACCGAGUCACCGUUGAAGGUCCAGGACAUCGAAUGCAGUGGAUCACAAACUCGAUUCUGCUACGCCAUCACGUGUGCCGUCGAUUCGCUUGGCGCAGGCAGCAACGCGGCAAGGAACAAUAUCGUAGUGACAUUGCGGUCGCGGGUGUGGACCAAUACCUUAACAAUGAAUUCUCUGGAGUUAACGGUCUUUGUCGAAGCUAAUGCCAGAGUGUUGGAUGUGCCGUACGAAACACAGUUUACUGAUUCUAUAGAAAUAUCAUCGAAUAAGGUUUCAACGAAAAUUGUACCUCAAUUUAUUAUACCAGAGAUUGAGCCUCAGAAAGUCCCACUCUGGGUAUAUCUCGCCUCAAUAUUAGGGGGUUGUUUCAUCCUGAUCUUGCUCAUAUUAAUCUUGUGGAAGGUUGGAUUCUUCAAAAGAAGAAAGAAGCUUACAUCGGACCAACGAAAGAUGCUCGAAAGUCGAAAUGGAGUCGACAAUGACGGAGUGGACAAUACUGAAUGACCAAAGUACUUCUAUGCAAGAACAAAAAUGAAUCAAUAAGAUUAAAUGUCUUCCGAACAUUUCCAUUGGAUUCUUCCACCCGUUUAGAAUAGGGUUUUUGAUGCACCCAUGAAAGGAACAUUUUCUCGAUUAGUCCUGUAAACUGAAUGACAGAGGUUGUAUGCUGGCUAGACUAUCCGUCUUUCCUCGACGCCCGAAUUAGAAGAAAGUUUGGUCAGUCCCCGACUCUACAAGAUAGUCAAAUGCGCUCUUCUGAACGGUACUAAAAACUUAUAAUAUAAAAAAUGCACAUUUCUAUGUACUACAAGUAUACGCACGAUCGAAGAGGCCGGGGAUAUAGAUUCGAAUUUGGACGAGCGCAACUGGAGAGCGUUUUAUCGCCAUUAGUGGUCUGAGUCGUCUUACUCGUUGUUAGACCUAAAUCUUGAUUUUGAUCGGUAGAGCCCGUGGUAGAGAAGCACAGUUAUUCGACUGUAACAGUCGGAUGAAAUUAAACAUCCAACAAGUCUUUUCAUAUAACGCCCCUUGUUACUAUACCCCCCCCCCCCCCCUCUUUAGCCAUGUUAGCCAUUGAGCCAAAGCCCCGUCAUUUCUGCUUCGGGUUGAUGGCGACUCUGUCUUCCGAUUCGAUGUACUUUUGGAAGUAUUACUUUUCAGUUGACGUUCUUAUUUUCAAAACACAUUUCACGUCGAGAAAUUAUACGUUCGCUGGAUAUCAACCAUUAAACGGUAUCGUCAGAAUCUGAUCAAUUAUCUCGAGUUGACUUUUAGCAUUUGUUUGCAGGAUAAAUCCAUAGUGAAAGAUUACGACAACGAAAUUCAAACAUUUCCGAAGGAUGAAAAGUUAGACCAAAGUGACUGGAAUGUACUAUGUAUCAGAUGGGGUUAUCGAAGAUAGAAAGAGAAAAUCCGACCCGCAGUUCAUGCAGUUUGAAGAAAUUAGUUUAGAUUUAUAAGAAACUUGAAAGGUCAUGAGCCAAAAGGUAUUAGAGGCCAAACCUCCACGAUCAAGAACACCCAAGACCACAGAAUUAAGGGCCGUAUGAUCAACAAUCGAAAAAUAACUCCAUGUUUGAUCAAGACCCCAUACUACACCAGACAUGGAAGAUGUUAAAUCAUUGUUGAGCCUUUAUUAAUGCAUUUGGCGAAUGAGCGGAAGUUUUCGACUGAGAGAAUUUUGACCUGUCUGUUGUAAUAAGCAUAAACAUUGAUAUAGGAGCUUUAAUAUUUAUUCGUGCAAUCUUCGGUGAGUGAGCGUGGCGAGUGUGGAUUGCCGUUAUUUAAUCUUGUCAUGCAUGUAAUAUAUUCACCAAAUAGUAACUGCAUUUUAUAAUGUUGCCAAUACCAUUUUAGAUAACUUCGUUUGUAAUGGAUAUCAUUCCUUUUUUAUGGUACACAAUAUUUCUGAAAUCGAAUAUUUACGACUUCUGAAAAGUCAUUAUUUUUUUAUUAUAUGGAUGUGUACUUGCCAAACAAUGUAUUUCACUUUUUUAUGUUUAUUCAUUUGUUUUUGUUAUAUUGUUCGGUGUGUUUCUCUUUCGAAUGGCGAAUCUUCGAACAAGUGAUUACUGCAUUAUGCCAUUAACAUAAUGCUGCUAAAUUACGAUGCUUCCGUUUAUAAUUAGUCGUUAUUAAUUGAAUUUAAUAAAACGGAUAAUGAAUGUUUUAAAGGAUAUUGUGGAGAUGGAUAAAUGAGUUUGACCUAUUAUGAUGUAAAUUGUUCGAAUUGACAACCUUUUUAUUCAGCAAGGGGAUUUCGAUGCACAGGUUAACUCAAAAAUAUUAGUUUGAUACAAACGUUAAUGUUAGUACUAGUAGCAAGCUAUGUUCCUUCAUGUGUCCACACAAAUUACAUUUGUUAGGUCCAUCUCGGCAUUUUAAAAUUAAUCUUAUAUCAAAUAUAUUCAUUCUGAAAAUGAAUAAAGCUAAUAUUGUAAUAGCGAUCUGUGACAAAAAUUAGAAUAUACAAUUUACAUUGCACAUUGAUAAGUACUUAUGAGGAGAAAAUGCGUAUGGUUCACAAAGUUAUACAAAAAAUGGGGAGAGGGCCAUCUUAUGUCAGGUUUCUGGUGGUUUCACACCUGUAAAGACGUCCCCACAAACACUCGUAUUGAUCUACCAGUAAACACAAACAUUUGUAAAGUAUGGAAUGAAUUAAAGGGAUUAUAAUUACUACCAAUAGACAGGAAAUGUAUUUGAUAUUUUACAUCUGACCCUCAAAGGUAUAUCGAACCACUCAUUUUCCCCAAAAAUAAUCAAGACAUUUUAGAACCAUCUCGUGACGAGAUUUCAUUCAACACCUGAAACAAAGAGCCCUUAUUCUUCCGCAAAUCAAAUACUUCCAAAAGUGAAGUGAUAUUCCUUCCCCAUUUUGGGAAGGGGGUUCAGUGAUUGCAAUCCCCAGAAUCAGUGUUGUUAGAUGGCGAAUCAUUUACAUAUGUAUACAUUUGUCUUUUAGCAUGAUAACUUGCAAUUCGAUUUGUGAAACCAAGAAGAAACGACAUUGAGAGAAUACAAAGGAAGUCAUGCAAUAUCAUUUCAUAAAAUGAUCUGUUGCCCUGAAGGAAUAGAAUGGAAUAUUCUUGAAAAAGGGUGGAAAUAUAGAUGAUAACAUUCCUGCAUUUGCAACACAUUGGCAAUAUUGGCAUGUCACUGUUCAUUUGGAUAGGCUCUUUUUUAGAUGUAUAGGAAUCAUUAUGUCUACUUGGCUGAAUUGACUCUUUGCAGUACUCUUCUAUUAAAGCAAUAACGUGUUCUGCUUGAGGCUUGCUUUUGUGCGUCUUAUUUAAUGUUUGGACAAUUAUUGUUGUGUAAUAUACUGUACGUUGCCUUGUGGCCUAAAA